AUGAAAAUCUCCGCCGCACCGACGAUCCCCUCCGUCGCAUCGAUGAAACCUAUUGGCCAAUCCGGUGUCUCCGGUGAUUCCUCUUCGACAAAACGUAACGGCAAGGCCGUUGUCUGCUCCGAUGUCCCCUCCGACAACAGCGAUCGCGUCGUGUUCUUCAAAGAUGUGACGUUUGGACCACAAGAAGACGAGUUAAGAUUUCGUCUGAUCCAUUUUUGGGAGGCAAAACACGCAUUCUCGAAGAUACUUAUGGGUCUAGAGAUGCUUCUGGUCGACGCAGAGGGCACUGUGAUUCAGGGAUUCAUCCCACCAUCAAGGAUGGACACUUAUCUACGACACAUGAAGCCCGGUUCCACCUACAGACUUACCAAUUUUUUUGGUUCUAAGACCAAGAAGGUGUACCGGGUUGCUGAUCCAGACGUGACCAUUGCGUUCUCAUGGAAGUCUGUCCUCUCCGAUCUCACAGACACUUCGACUUGGUUUCCUGAAGACCGUUUUCGUUUCCAUGGUUAUGAACAGUUCGAAGCGGCCUGUGACCUCAAAGGGGAUCUGUAUGAUUUUAUUGGUCAUAUCAAAUUGGUGAAUGAGCAGGCUCUUAACGAGAGUUUUGUGCUUGAUGAAGUUGAGAUAGCUUCUGAUCGGCGAAUUUUGGUUCAUGUUCAGACACAUGAUGGUCCUGUGAUGAAGCUCUACAUAUGGGACAAGGUAGCAACAGCCUUUUGCGAGAAGUUUAUAUCGCUUGGAAAACCUCCGAGUGUUAUCAUGGUGACAACUGUGAAUCCUAAGCGAUUAGGAGGUGCUUUGUCUCUGUCAUCCCUAUCAUCUUCACGGGUUUUUUUUGAUACGGAUGUUCAUCAAACCAGGGAGUAUCUGGCUUGGCUUGAAUCAAACUCGGAAGUUGCUAAUAGAGUUAAUGCUGAGAUUGUCACCAAGGCUGAGACAGCUACAAUAGGUGAGCUACUCACUUACAUGAAGCAGGAAGGAGCGAAGGUUGCUUGGUUCGAGUGUACGGCCACCAUUGAUGAUGUUGUGCGUGGCUCAGCUUGGUACUACAUUGCUUGUGGUGGAUGCAAGACUAAAGCUACUAAAGGACCUACCACGCUUAUGUGUAGGAAGUGUGGAAAGACUGAGAUUACUGGUGCUGCAGAGUAUCUCAGCAAGCUAUCUGUCUAUGACAACAAUGAUCAUGCGAGCUUUGUACUUCUCGGUGACGCUGGGUUUGAGUUAACUGGGAAGAAAGCAUCUGUAUUGGUUGAGAGUUACUAUGAGGCUAAUGAGGGAUCAGGAGAUGAUCAUGUAGUCCCGGUGCCUCAAGUCCUUAUUGACACCAUCGGACAGAAACGCACGUUCGUUAUCAAGAUAUCAAAGCACAACUUGGAAGGCAAGACUCAAGCUUUGACUGUCACCAAGGUACUCCCUCUCGAGGUUCCAGCACUUGGAUACGAUUUAGCCGCCGACGUGGUUGUCUCUCCUACUGCAGAUGAGGGGGUGAAAAGAGGUGCUGAUAUGAUUGUGUCAGAUGAUGCUAAGCGUGCAAAAAGUGGCUGAUAUGUUUUGUGUACUUGGGUUGUGUUUGAAGAACGACUAUCUAUUUGUUCUUUUGCUUCUGGUUUUGUUUUUUCUUUGUUGAAAUAUUAUGAUUUGGUUUGUUUGCUUCAGUUUUUGUGUUGACAUUAUUUAUAUAUCGUAUUUUCUAUUUGGAUAAUUUUUGCUUCGUUGGUUCAUUUGUUUAUGUUGAGGUUUGACCUUUUUUAAGUUGCUAAAAUUUAUACAGUAUUUUUAUUUUUAGUAAUAAUUAUGUUGUUUAUUUUAAAAUAGUAAGGGACAAAUAAAAACUUGAAAAAAUUAUUUUACUUUUAUAUAUUUCUUCCAUAUAUAUUUAUAAAAUUAUCUCUUAUUUGUAUGUAAUAAAAAUUAGGGAACUGAGAUAAUUGAAUCUUUAUACAUGAUUUAUAGUAAACUUUAGAGUAGACUUUCUCUAUUAUAACAUAUAUGAUUUAAAAAAUAAGAAAGGUACAAAUUCUCUUAUUUAAUUAUUUGAUAUUAAAACUACGAAUACUACGUAAGUAAUCAUCAUUACACUAUGAUUAUUUGCCGAACACAAAAAAUAUUGGUGCCAGGGGUCGAACCAUGAAUAAUGAGCAUAUACAAAGGAUGCUCUACCACCGGGCUAAAUACACACUUCGGGAAUCUGAUCAAGACAAAAAAACAUUUACUUUACAGUUUUUUGGCAGGAACUCAAUUUAUUAAUUAGUGAUACUCUUUUUAAAAUAAGUUUCAUUAAAUAACGGAAAACAAUAUGUUCCUUUAGAAAAUAUUUAUAUAUGUUUAAUUAUAUAUAUAUAUAUAUAUAUAUAAUUGAAAGGACAUAGAGUACGUGUUAAUAGAGUCACCAGAUCAUUCUUGCGUCAUUAAUCAUGCGAAGGGAAAGGCAUCGGUUACUUAUCUUUUGUGUUUUUAUAUUUAUUGACGUGCUCCCCAAGAAAAAUUAGUCACAUAAUUGGCUAAAACCAAGUGCUUAAUUUUCUGGAUAUUUACUAAGGUUUAGGAAAUUUCUUAAUACAUAUUAAAUAUAAUGAUUUUUGUAUAAACCCGGGCAAAAUCUCUAGUUAUUUUAAAAAGGCAGUUUCAACUGCUAAUCGGUGAAACCACACACAAAAGAAAACACACGUCUUGUCUUCUCUGCGAGUCAAAGAACAGAGGACAACAUAUCCCUCAUACAUUCUGCAGGAUUCAUUCUGUUGAUUGCCAUAUAGAAUGUUAAAAACGUUUUUAACCUUAUUUUCACUAUUUACUAAAUUUAUGCUAUGUGUUUUUAUUUAUUCAAAUUCGUUAAGCUUAUCAGUAUAUGAGGAGGUGGAGAAGAUCACUCUUGCUCUUUCUAUCAAUAUCGACUCAACACUUUUCUUUCAAGAUGAAAAUGGUUUUUAAAAGUGCCAUUUUUCCACUUUCAAAGUGCCAUUUUGGUUUGAGAAGAAGAGGUUCACUGGGAUUCUCUCAAUUGAGAAUGGUUAAGAAACCAUUCUCAUUUUCAGCUCAACCUCUUGUCUUCUCCAAAGCAGAGAAACUCUGAUGAAGAAUCUACGGAAGAAGAAGAUGCUGAACUUGACGCGUGGGCAUAAAAAAAAUGGUUAGUUUUAAUCCUUCUCUAAACAGCAGCCGAGAUGAUAAGAGAAGAAGUUGCAAAGAAGAAGAAGAAGCAGAUAUAUAUGACUUUUCUGUGCACUAAUUAUGUCAGAUUUUCAACUACUAAGCUCAGAUCUCUUAUGCAGAGAAAAGUUGGAAGGACUAUUUGGAAUCUCUUGGUCACGGUCUUAUGUAUUUUUUUCUAGGAAGUUAUAUAUAUGCUUACAGCCUUACUUUACCCAAUAUUUAUAAUUUGAUACAUUUACCUCCUAUCCCUAGAUUUCUCUUCCUAAUAUGUCUUGUCAAGGCCUUCAUGCACGUACCAUAAAGGAAAAUUAUGACAAGAUCAGUGAAAAGAGAAAGCUUACACCUGUUGAGGUAAUAGUUACUGAUAUAUUUACAGUUGUAUUGAAAAAUACAGCUUAUACUCGGAUAUUUUCUUAUUAAGAACUAUUGGUUUACCUAUAUAUUUGCAGGGUAUUAGUUUACCAAUGCAUUUGAUUGGAAAAUUUUGAAUUAUUGAUUGUUUGACUCUAAUUCGACCUCUAAACCAAGAGUAAGUAACAUCUGUUUUAAGAGUUUGCCAUCUGGCAAAAGACCAAGAGACAAAAAAAAGAAUAAAAUUGUUCACAUAACUCUAGUGCUUUCUACGAUCGUGGAACAGUAGCACAUUAAAUGCCAAAUCGUGGUCGAAUUAUGUUGAACAUGGCAAACACUAUGAUUGGAUCUAUGAUGUGUGGACCUUGCAACAGAAUAUAUGUUUUGUUAACAUUUCUUUGUAAAUAUUCUAGUUCAUGAAGACUUUUUU